AGAAUGGAGAGAGGAAAUUAUUCACUAGUGACCCAGUUCAUUCUCAUAGGAUUGACAGACCAUCCUAAGUUCCAGCUGCCGCUCUUCUUCCUAUUCCUAGGGAUUUAUGUAGUCACUGUGAUGGGGAACCUGGGCAUGAUUAUACUUAUUGGGCUGAGUUCACAUCUACAUAACCCCAUGUAUUAUUUCCUCUGUAAUUUGUCCUUCAUUGAUCUAUGUCAAUCAACUGUCAUCACACCCAAGAUGCUAGUGAAUUUUGUGUCAGAGAAGAACACAAUCUUUUAUUCUGAUUGCAUGACUCAGUUCUAUUUUUUUGGUUUUUUUGCCAUUUCUGAAUGUCAAAUGUUGGCUGUCAUGGCAUAUGACCGCUAUGUUGCUAUAUGCCAUCCCCUCCGUUAUAGUCUUAUCAUGACCUAUCAGGUAUGCUCAUGGUUGGUGAGUGGAGUGUAUGCAUUGGGCCUAAUUGGGGCAACAGCUCAUACUGGCUGUAUGCUUAGAGUGUUUUUCUGUAAGGAAUAUGCAAUUAAUCAUUACUUCUGUGAUCUCCUUCCACUCUUGAAGCUCUCUUGUUCUAGCACCUAUGUCAAUGACGUAGUGACUCUGGCCUCCAGCAUAUUCAAUAUCUUUUUCCCAACACUGACCAUUAUUUGCUCUUAUGUUUUCAUCAUUGCUAGCAUUUUAAAAAUUCAGUCCUCUGAAGGCAGAUCAAAAGCCUUCAGUACCUGCAGCUCCCAUAUUAUAGCAGUUGGUGUAUUCUUUGGCUCUCUUGCAUUCAUGUACCUGCAGCCAUCUUCAGUCAGCUCCAUGGAUCAGGGGAAAGUGUCCUCUGUCUUUUACACUAUUAUUGUGCCCAUGCUAAAUCCCCUCAUCUAUAGUCUGAGGAAUAAAGAUGUCAAAAUUUCAUUGAGGGAAUCUAUGAGACCAAAACUUUUUUCAUAA